CUGCGCGCGCUUUCUGAUUGCGCGUUGUGUAGUUCUACAAAUCGUCAAAACACUCGGUGAACAACGUUCCUGUUCUGGUGCUAUAUGUUAGACGCUGUUUCGUUCAUUUGUAAAAUUUUAUUAAAGAAGUAAUUUACGCUUGAGUAGUCAUGGCAGAUGAAGAUAAACGUUUAGAUGAUAUCCAGCGCGAAUAUGAGGAUUUCCUGGAUGAUGAGGAGGAUCAAGGGACAUACACAGCUCAUGUUCGUAAAAUGAUUGCGGAUAAUGGCAAACGGCUCGUGGUUAACGUAAACGAUCUCAGACGUAAAAAUCCAGCUCGUGCUCAGGCUUUGCUAAGCAGCGCAUUCGAAGAGCAGCUGGCGUUUUCGCGUGCGGUCAAGCAUUUCAUUGGAAAUGUAGAUCCAAGUUAUGCCAAGUUGCAUGAAGAUUUUUUCGUCGCGUUCGAGGGGAGUUUUGGAAACAAACAUGUAACGCCAAGAUCAUUAACAUCCCGAUAUUUAGGGAACCUGGUUUGCGUAGAAGGUAUUGUAACGAAGGUGUCGUUGAUAAGACCAAAGGUGGUCAAAAGUGUGCAUUACUGUGCUGCGACGAAGAAGGUAAUGGAGCGCCGCUAUACCGAUCUGACUUCCUUCGAUGCGGUUCCAUCGAGUGCGGUCUAUCCAACGAAGGACGAGGAUGGCAAUGUUCUGGAAACAGAGUUCGGAUUGUCUGUUUAUAAAGAUCAUCAAACACUGACCAUUCAGGAGAUGCCUGAGAAGGCACCAGCCGGACAGUUGCCUCGGUCGGUUGAUGUAAUUUGUGAUGAUGAUUUGGUCGAUCGUUGCAAGCCAGGAGAUCGAGUGCAAAUCGUAGGGAACUAUCGUUGCUUGCCUGGAAAACAAGGUGGAUACACCACUGGCACGUUUCGAACCAUACUUAUUGCAAACAACAUUUCCCAACUGAACAAGGAAAGCACAUUGAGCGUUACCCGCGAGGAGAUUAAUCUGUGCAAGAAACUUGCCAAAAACAACGAUAUAUUUGAUUUGCUUUCCAAGAGUUUGGCUCCAUCGAUUCAUGGCCAUGAGUUUGUGAAGAAAGCUAUUCUCUGCCUUCUGUUGGGUGGAAUUGAGAAAAAUCUGCCGAACGGUACUCGACUAAGGGGAGAUGUGAAUGUUUUGCUUAUCGGUGAUCCCAGCGUUGCUAAAUCUCAGCUUUUGCGCUAUGUUUUGAAUACAGCUCCCCGGGCGAUUACCACCACAGGUCGGGGAUCUAGCGGUGUUGGUUUGACGGCAGCUGUUACCACUGAUCAGGAAACUGGCGAACGCCGCUUGGAGGCGGGUGCUAUGGUUUUGGCUGAUCGUGGCGUUGUUUGUAUUGAUGAGUUCGAUAAGAUGAGUGACAUCGAUAGGACGGCUAUUCACGAAGUCAUGGAACAGGGAAGGGUGACUAUUUCGAAGGCAGGAAUUCAUGCUGCGCUAAAUGCGAGAUGUUCGGUUUUGGCUGCCGCCAAUCCAGUUUAUGGACGGUAUGACCAGUACAAAACUCCAAUGGAGAAUAUUGGUCUGCAGGAUUCGUUGCUGUCCCGUUUCGAUCUGCUCUUCGUUAUGCUGGACGUAAUCGAUAGUGACCAUGAUCGCAUGAUUUCGGACCAUGUUGUGCGUAUGCAUCGCUACCGAAAUCCGAAGGAACAAGAUGGUGAUGUGCUGCCAAUGGGGGUCAGUGCGGUGGACAUGUUGUCUACAAUCAAUCCAGAAACGCGGGACGACAAGGAAACACCAAUGUAUGAAAAGUAUGAUCCAUUGCUACAUGGGAGCUCUCGAAAGCGCACGGAUCAGAUUCUAUCGGUGGAAUUCAUGCGAAAGUAUAUCCACAUUGCCAAGUGCUUGAAACCUAAGCUGACGGAAGCCGCUUGUGAGUUGAUAUCAAACGAAUACUCGCGUUUGCGUUCUCAGGAUCUAAUGGACUCGGAUGUAGCACGAACUCAGCCUGUAACCGCUCGUUCACUUGAGACACUCAUUCGUUUAUCCACGGCCCAUGCCAAAGCUAGAAUGGCAAAAACUGUUACUGCCAAAGACGCCCAAGCCGCGAUAGAGUUAAUUCAAUUUGCCUACUUUAAAAAAGUUCUAGAGAAGGAAAAGAAAAAGCGAAAGCGCGAUGGCGAUUCAGACGGGGAGGAACUGGAAGACGACGAAGAAGAGCCAAACACCCAGGAAUCUCAGACCAGUCGUCGUCCAAAACGAACGAGAACCCAGGAGCACGCUGAUUCGGACACGGAGAAUAUGAUUUCGCCUAGUGCAGAUGCGGGAGACCUCACGAAACGGCAAUCCAUUACGGCAGCUCCCGGGCCGAGCGGAGUUAGGAAUAGUAAUGUUACGACGAUGCCGAUGGACACGGAAGAUGUUUCUUCGGUGGAAGAAAUCACCGAGGAGAGAUUCAAAAUUUUCAAACAGGGUGUCAACCAAGCAUUCAGGCAGUCUCGACAACAGUCUCUGGCGCUGGAAAAACUAACGAAGCAAAUUAAUGAUAACAGUGGAGCGGAAAUAUUUUCCCAGGGGGAAGUAAAGGCGGCUAUCAGGCGGAUGACCGGAGACAACAAUAUAAUGAUGCACGAUGAAGUAGUUUUUCUCAUUUAAGGUUCUCUUUCAUGCGGAUUUUUCCAUUGUUUCUGAUUUGUUUGAUAUUAUCAACAAUGAUUUGUACUUGUUAUAAGCAGUUUUUCGCAUAAUAAAGUAAAUAGGUAAUAAUUCCAA